AUGAAGUCCCCCAAGCCCUUCACUUAUCAGCCCAUCAACGAUGGCUCGAUCCGCCUCGUCACUAUCAGACCCGGACCAUGGGACUCGACCAUCGAAUGCUACGUCGAGGUGGGCAAUGUCAAAGAGCACACGCGGGGCCUCAUGGCGCUGUCCUACGUCUGGGGUGACGAUAGCGUCCGUCGCGCAAUCCGCCUGAAUGACUGUGACUUUGAGGUGACAGUGAACCUGUACGAGGGACUGCGGCAAAUACGAGAGUCCAUGUUUGUAACCGAGACGCUCCCCAAGUUGCCUAUAUGGGUAGACGCUAUCUGCAUUAACCAGGAGGAUAUUGACGAAAAGGCAAAGCAGGUGCCCAAGAUGCACCAGAUCUAUAGCACGGCCGACGAAGUUCUCGUUUGGCUCGGCGUCAUGCCUAUCCCGCCGGACUUUCUAAAACCCUGGAUCGACGACGAGAAAUAUUCAUGGCUGGGCUUUGACGAUGAGGAUUGCGCGAUGAACGAGGAGCUCAGGGAAGAGGCUCUCGAGAGAUACGUGCUGUAUACCCGCAGCCCGAAAUUUCCAAUCCAGCGUCUGAGUCGACGGCCGACUGGGAAACCUCGGAAGCAGCAACUCAUACAUUUCGCCGUGGCAGCGGCUCUUCGACACUGUAGCUACUUUCAGAGGCUCUGGACCGCUCAGGAAGCCGUCCUCGCAAAGAAUGGGCCCGUCAUGCUGGCGGGUCGACACGUGUUGAGCUGGGACGAGUUCACCCACAAGGACCGGCUUGAACCAGAGGAGUCCGUGGAAAUACACGGGCGUCCUCCCACGUCGUUCCUUGGUAUAUCGUCGUUAAGGAACCAGCUGGUCGCGGACUAUCCCAGGGAAGCCUGUUGGCGGUUGCUAGACGUCAUCGAGGACUUCUCGGCCCUCGCGUGCCGCGACGCCGUAGACAAGAUUUACGGCCUGCUCGCCAUGGUGCCCCUGCACAAUCUUCCGAGGGAGCUGUAUCCGGACUAUAACAGGCCCUGCGAGGAGGUGUACUGGAAGUACGCCCAGUUCAUCUUCCACUCCACCGGCAGCCUGGCCCUCCUGGAGAGGUACACGGAGCCUCUCCUCGGGGUGCCAUCGUGGGUUCCAGCCAUUGGCCUGAGUGAGCAGAACAUGGAGGAGGGAGGAUCGAACGCCUUCCCGCUCUUCUCAGCCAACUUGCGCGAGAUGUCCAUCACGGGGCUGGACUACGGCGUCUGCGUCGACCGUCUGGAGCGUCCUCCGACCGUGUCCGGGCCGGAGGACCUGCAUCUCGUGGGGACGUCCGAGGACCUCUGCGACACGAUGCGCCAGCUCGCAGAGCGCAUUCUGCUUAACGAUGGCACAAAGCACCGUUCGCGUGUAUGGGAAUGGCAGAUCAUAACCCGCACAGGGACCAGCCACCCAAUGUACAAGUUCGGCUCCGAGACGCCGUACAACAAGGACCUCUUCCAGCUGGCGCAGACCAUGGACCUGUGCGAGAUGCAGGAGUUCUGCUCCCAGGGCCCGGGGUUUGAAGCCUACGCCCUCGCGGGCUGGAGGGACAUUGCCGCCUUUGCGUGGUCCUCUCUGCUGACUAGCACGGGCAAGAUGUUCACCUUUCACGAUUACCUGUGGCUGGACCAUCUGCAGCCCCAGAAGGGAGACCACAUCUUCAAGCCCAACGGCAUGAGAAGCGCGGUUGUACUACGUCCAGAGGCAGAUGGUAAGUUUCGGUUCCUCGGGCGGCUAACGAACAGCGAGGGGACUCUUGACCCAGGGGCGAUGCCGAGGAGGGUGACGUUGGUUUGA